AUGACUGCACGAUGGACUACACAGCGCAUCUGGCGCUAUCCAUUGCAAAAUGCUGCUGGAAGACCACCGAGCAGGUCGCUGUAUAGUCUCAGUCCGACCCGUCCUGAGUCCGACAACGGCACCAAAUGCAAGACCCAUAAUCUCUCGCACCUGCAAACCUCAUGGAAGAGCCCAGUCAUCACAUUCAGGAAUAUCCAGCAUCGACAAACAACCCGAACACCGGUACAGAAGCGCUCAUUAUUCACCUCCUCUAUCCCCACAAUUUUGAUUCCCCCCGCCAUCUUCAUCGGGCUCCUCGUAGCCCUCUGGACCUGGAAAUGUUUCUGGAUUAUCAUGCUGCAGGAUAAACUGCUUUACUUAUCUUGGCUCCCGCCGCUCUCGCGCUCCGAGAAGAUAAAGGAUUACAAGCGUGAAUUCCGCGGCGUGAGGUGGUCGGAGAGCUUUAUUCGCAGUGGGGACGGGACAAGGCUGGCUAUUUGCAAGGGACGGUUGCCCUCCUCUGCAAGAAGCGUUAAAAACGGCGACGGAGGCUCGGGGCCCACGAAGAAGAAGGUCAAGGUGGUGAUCUGCUACUUCCAGGGAAACGGUGGCUCAACGCCGUUACGGCUUCCGCUACUCUCGUUGGUUAUGAACGCGAUACAGGAAUCUGCAUCUUCAUCUUCGUCUUCUUCAAUGACUGAUUCUGAGAAUAUUGAGCAUGAAUACGAGUAUAUCGUCGCCGCCCUCUCGUACCGCGGGUACUGGAAGUCCUCAGGCCGCGCAACACAGCGAGGUAUUGAAGCCGACGCACAGGCGUUCCUUGACUGGGUGUACGCUACAUAUGCGAGUGGAAGCGAAGACCUCCGCCUCAUCCUUUGGGGCCAUAGUCUCGGCGCGGCGGUUGCCAGCUCAGCGCUCGCGAAGCGUCUGUCCACCAGGACAGCGACAAAAAUGAGCGGUGUCAGCAGGGGGAAUAUAACCGGGUUAAUCCUCGAAGCCCCCAUCUCCAGCAUUAAAGACAUGCUGAUCGCGCUGUAUCCGCAAAAGUGGCUGCCGUAUCGGUAUCUGCAUCCGUUCUCGUGGAAUAACUGGGAUGUUGCCGGGAAUUUGGAACAGCUCGCUCAACAAUAUAAGACACCAUUUGGCAAUGCAACUGGAUCCACUUCAAAAGCCGGAGUGCCGCCUAUCCUCCUACUCUCCGCUGAAAAUGACGAGGUGAUCCCGCUUUGGGUGGCGGACCAACUGGAAGAAAAAGGCAAGAAUCUCGGACUGGAUAUCGAGAGGGUGAAUGUCAAGGGCGCCAUGCAUAUUGAGGCGCCGCUGAAGGCUGGUGGGAGGGCGAAGCUGGUACGGUUUAUGAGGGGUUGUGCUGAGGAUGGGAUAAAAACAUAG